ACUUUCUUUCGCUUACUCAUAAUGAAUAGUUUGACAAUUCUCUCCCCCUCCGAACACCUCUUCACUUAUCUUCCUCUAAUUAUAUAUUGCAGAACAAAACAAAUAAUCCGCGGGUGGAAAAGGCAAUAUUUUCUUAGGAUUCACCGUCAUUACGGGGAGCCCAAAGAAACCGAAUUAUCGUACCGUAACAGGAACUGGAUAGAGGAAGAGAGGGAGGGAGAUGGCAGAAGCAGGGCUACAGAGAUCCAACGAGACGUUUCGACGGUCGGGUUCAUCUGGGCUGGUGUGGGAGGACCGCUUCUUGCCCGGGGAGAUGAACCAACGACAGCAGCAACAAGAGACGAACAACAAGGGCGAGGAGGGGACCGGCGCUCGGAUGGAGCGUAGCCGAUCCAACGGCGCCGGCUACCGGACGGGCCGCGUUUCGCCCGCCCUCGACCCGCCUUCCCCCCGCCUCUCCGUCUGCGGCUUCUGUGGAAUCUUCUUCGGCAAUAAGCCCGCAAGCCCGGCCCACACCUCCAAGCCCAACCGCCGCCACCGGCGUUGAUCUCCUCCUCUUCUUCUCCCUUCUUCUUCUUUUCUUUUCCUUUCUCUUUCCCUCCCCUCUUCACAAAUUUGCUGUAUAUGCUGUGAGAUAUAUGGAUGGAGAACUUUGUUUGAGGUUUUACUGAAUUCUGCUGGGAUAAAGAGGGCCAAGCCUUUUGCU